GCUGGAGCCUCCAGUUUGUCAGAGCCCUUUUUACCGGAUGCUCUGAAGGGGGACAGUGACAGUGCUGCCUCUGUCUCCGAUGGAAAGAAGAAGAAAAAGUACCGUCCCAAGGACUGUGUGGUCAACUUGGAUGGGCAAGUGCUGGAAGGCGGAGUGAAGCCUGUGAGGUUAAAAAAGGAACGGCGCCUGACCUUUGAUCCCAUGACAGGCGAGAUUAAGCCCUUGGCCCAGCGGGACUCUUUGCAGGGAAUGGGAGCUGCGGGGGAUCUACCCGCUUUCGCUGAGCAGCCGCAACUGCCAGUAAUGGCAGCUGGACAGGCAGCAGUGGCACACCGGACAGGUAUGGGCGGGCAGGAGCCGAAGACCCUCCUCCUGCACAGUCCCUUUGAACAAACGAAUUGGAAGGAAUUGUCCCGAAAUGAAAUCAUUCAGUCCUAUUUAACCAGACAGAGCAGUUUGCUCUCCUCCUCUGGAGUGCAGACUCCGGGGGCUCAUUACUUCAUGUCUGAAUAUUUAAAGCAGGAGGAAAGCACGAGGAGGGAGGCCCGCAAGACCCAUGUCCUGGCUCCCCACAGCAAACCCUCAGACUUGCCUGGAGUGACGCGGGAGGUCACGCGGGAUGACCUCGACAGGAUAUGCAGCCACCACUGGCAGGGUGUGAAUGGCUGCUAUGACACACAGGGUAACUGGUAUGACUGGACGCAGUGCAUAUCGCUGGACCCACAUGGGGACGAUGGGCGCCUGAAUAUCCUGCCUUAUGUCUGCCUAGACUGAGCACAGUUUUGCAAGAUGCUUUUUUUUAAUACACUGGCAGUUUAGUAAAGCAGGGGCUGUGGCACCCCCGCCAGCCCUGAAAAACCACGCUGGUGGAGGCUCAUCAACCAGACAGGAGGGAGGGUGUCUAAUGGAGUGAGCUGGACAUUGGCAGUUUCUUCUCACUUGUUAAAAAGUAUUUUUUGUGAAGUGCUGCUACCAGUUUACUAAUGAAAUUGCAAAGGGAGGCAUAAAAAAGAGGUCUUGAUUUAAAAAAUGACAGCCCCAAAGAGUCCCAAACUAGCAAACCAGCUGUUUAAAAACAAAACCAAAAGGUGUUUAGUUUUCAGAAGGUGAAGACUUUCCAGCAAUUUUUGAAGUCUGAGGGCAGGCAGGUACAGGCAGGGAAAGGUGGAACAUUAACACAGGAAUAGUUGAGUAUUUAUUUGUCUUGAGUUGAUUUGCUUUCUCUUUUUCUCAAAACAGAAAACAUGACAGUGAAAUGUUCUGAGAUGAAUUGUGCAAACCUGUAGUUAGUUCUUUUUGCAUUGCAACUCUCUCCAACCCCCCACUGCACUAGGAUGGAGCUGUGGGCUUCUGAUGGUGGUGUGCUGCCCCGCAUUGUGGCCGGAAGGACGGGAGGGAGUGACUACUUUGGGCUCAGCGUCGGCGCUUAGAUGUCAUCAUAUAGUGGGGGGUCUUAGAUGGUUUCAGUGUUGCAGAAAGCAUGUUCACAGGCCUUUUGGCAGGGGCAUCGCACUACCACCAGCAGGUGCCUGGGCCCAUCUCCCUUCCUGCAGGACUUUUUUGUAGGAAGGCAGGGAAAAGUUGCUGUUCUUUUUUCUUUUUGUUUAAACAAAGGAAAAUCCAAACUGUAUGGAGGGUGCUAUUAGUUUGUAAAUGUUCUGUGAAGGGCAGGGGGGAUGGAAGCCUGUUUGUAUGCUGGAAAUCUACUUGUUACCAUUCCUUUAGAUAUUGUUUGCCUUAUGGAUAUCCAUCACAAAAGCGACUUGCAGAAAAACAGCCUUAGUGAAUGUACAGUAACUAGACUUCUGUGUUCCUGGGACGCAGAAGGGAGCAACUUUGCUAUUGGUCCUUUCAGUGGACACAUUGUGAUAUAAAUGUGGAAAUAAAAAAAAUUUGCACAAA